CGACAAAUUUUAAUCUUGCAAAAGCGGAGAUAUGUUUGGUCUCUAAUAAAGCAAUCAGAAGAUGUGAACGCUCUAUUUUUGGAAUAACGUUUCAGAUCGUAUCGUUUUCACUACUGGAAGCAGGAUGGGGGACAAAUUGAAUCCAGCUCCGAAGGAAAGUGGAGGCGGCAUUCUCAAUCGCAUCACGUCUAUGCGAAAACAGACAAAGAAGAACAAGGACAAAGAUGUCAACGGCCAUAAAAUGAAGGAGCGUUUGAAGAGCACUCAGGAGGAGCCGCUUUUUGACCAAGACAUGGAGGAAGAGAUUGAAAGGAUCAAGCAUUUACCGCCGGAGGAAUUCAACAAAAUGUUUGAGAAAAUGUUGGAGGAUAUGAACUUGUCAGAACAUCUGCGGGAACCAAUUCGCAACAGACAUAUGGUAAUAAAAGUGGAUAUGCUGUGCAGCUUUAAAAGAAGACAAAUGGCUUCACAGAAAACUUCGCACACUGGGUUGACAUCACCAGAAGAUUAUGUAAAGGAACUCAAUAAAUCAGAUGUGUCAGCUGAACAUCUCUUGAAAUCGCUGCAGUCUGUGCGGGUGUCACUCACUGGAAGACCACUUAGUUGGAUCCAGGAGUUUGGUGAAGAGGGACUCAAAUGCUUAAUCAAACACCUGAGGGAUUCCUGCUCAAAGCAAGGGCACAUUGAUAAACGAAUACAGCACGAGUGUGUGAGAUGUUUGAAGGCCUUCAUGAAUAACAAGUAUGGUCUCAAUAUGAUGUUAAAAAGUGAUGAUGGUUUGGUUUUACUGGCAAGAUCAAUGGAUCCAAGCUAUCCUAGCAUGAUGGCUGAUGUUGUCAAGUUGGUAGCUGCGGUGUGUCUCGUUAAUCAUGAUAAAGCCCUUGAGGCAAUCACGCGUUGUGGAGAGCUAGAAGAAUGUGGAAGAUUUGUGAAGCUAGUCGAAGCACUGGAUGAUGAUCACACUAAUCUGAAGAUCGCUUGUGUACAACUUCUCAAUGCCCUCGUCAGUACUCCAGAUGACUUGGAUUUCAGAUUGCAUUUGAGAAAUGAAUUUGCUAGAGAAGGCUUGAAUGAGCCAUUACAGGAUCUUAGAGAACUAGAAAAUGAUGAUUUAAAUGUUCAGUUGGACAUUUUUGAAGAACACAGGGAUGACGACUCUGCUGAAUUCCAGCAGAGAUUCACAGACAUUAAAAUAAACUUUGAGGAUCGAAAUGAGAUUAUACAGAUAAUAACAAACCUCAUCCAAGACACUCCAUCAGAACCCAUGUUCCUCUCCAUACUCCAGCACUUGUUGCUCAUUAGAGAUGAUGUUUAUGCCAGACCUCAAUACUACAAAUUAAUUGAAGAGUGCAUAUCUCAAAUUGUCCUUCACCGAGGUGGAGUUGAUCCAGACUUUGCCCUUAAAAGAAUUGAUAUCGAUGUAGAACCCCUCAUUGAAAAUCUGGUUGAAAAAGCACAGUAUGAGGAAGCAGCUGAAAAAUCCGUGCAGCUGGAAACUAAGCUGGAACUUGAAACAACAAUGCGACAAGAAUGUGAAGCUAAAUUAACAUUAACGUCGACAAAUUUUGAAACGAAGAUAGCUGCCCUGGAGAAGGAGCUUGCAGAAGCGCGUGAACAGGCCAAGCGAGCUGUUCCUAUAUCAGGUGGCCCUCCUCCGCCUCCACCACCACCGGGUGGAGCUGCUCCCCCUCCCCCACCUCCACCUCCUCCUCCACCUGGAGGUCCCCCAGCCCCUCCGUUGCCCCCAUUCCCCGGUGGGGGUCCGCCUCCUCCUCCCCCGCCACCCCCUCCUGGUGGUGGAGUACCACCUCCCCCACCUUUUCCAGGUGGUGGUCCACCGCCACCACCCCCACCCCCAGGAAUGGGUGCACCGCCUCCGCCGUUCCCUGGCAUGGGUCCCCGCCCUCCGUUUGGAUCCCCUGUACCUGUUUUACCUCCUGGUGUUGCUCCGAAGAAGAAAUACAAACAGGACGUACAACUGAAGAGAGCAAACUGGAAUAAGAUCAACAUGAAGAACUUCACAGAAAAUACUUUCUGGGCUAAAACGAAAGAGGAGAAGUUGGAAAAGCCUGGAUUAUUUGAUGAGCUGUCGAAGACGUUUGCCGCAAAAGGUGCUCCCAAAAAGGCAGAGGGAGGUGAAGGAAUGGAAAAGAAAGCAGCGGCCAAGAAAAAAGGCAAAGAUUUAAAGAUUAUCGAUCCAAAAAGCGCGCAGAACUUAUCGAUUUUCCUUGGCUCACUUAAGUUACCACAUAGAGAGGUCAAGAAGUUGAUUAUGAACUGUGAUCAGGUGGUUUUGACAGAAAGCGCCAUUAACUCUCUACUGAAGUAUCUUCCAUCGCCAGAUCAGAUGCAACAGCUUGGAAAUAUGAAAGAAAAUUUUGACGAUCUCAGUGAUCCGGAACAGUUUGCUUGCUUGCUAAGUGGUAUUAAAAAAUUGGAACCAAGAUUGAACAUGAUACUUUUCAAGAUGAAGUUUCCUGAAGAAAUGCAAGAUGUUAAACCGAACGUUGUAAAUGCAACUGCCGCAUGUAGAGAAGUAAAAACUAGCCCCAAAUUUUCCAAGUUUCUUGAACUAGUUCUUCUCAUGGGUAACUACAUGAACGCUGGAUCCAGGAACGAGGGAUCCAUGGGAUUUGAGAUGAACUAUCUCACCAAGUUGAGUUCAACCAAGUCCGUGGACGGUCAGUUGACUUUGGUUCAUUUUCUGGACGACAUCAUAGAAACCAGAUAUCCAGAGAUUUUAGGUUUUGAAAAAGAGCUAACACACGUUGAACAAGCUGCCAGAGUCUCGGAUGAAAUUCUUCAGAAAUCAAUCAACAGUAUGCAGGCAAACCUCAAGAAGCUCGAAAAAGAAUUGGAAAUCUACAAGCCGCACAAUGAUCCAGAAGACAAGUUUAUGCCGGUUAUGGAGGGCUUUUACAACAGUGCCAAAGACCAAAUAGAUGUCCUGGUUGAGAUGCACAAAAACAUGACCACAAUGUACAAGGAGCUGGUGGAGUAUUUCUGCUUGGACAUCAAGAAAACAUCCAUGGAAGAAUUCUUCGGUGACAUCAAAACCUUCUUAGACUUUUUUGAGAAAGCGAAGAAGGACAAUGCAAAACGAAAAGAGAAAGAAGAAAAGGAUAAAAAGGCAAAAGAACGAGCGGAAAAAGAUAAAGAAAGGAAGAAGCGAAUGGAAACUGAGAAAUCCAAACGAAAGCCUGUUGUGGAUAUGAAUGCAGAUGAUGAUCAAGAGGGAGUUUUAGACGGUCUCAUGGAGGCGCUCAACACAGGAUCUGCCUUUAGAGAUCCCACCCGACCCGCGCGGAAAAAGGCGGGAGGCAAAAAAGCUCGACCUGUGGACUUACGCCGGUCACGAACCCGCACAAAUAUACCCGUACAGAAGAUAAUGGAUGCACAAAAUGUUGUCGACGGGCAGCAAAAUGCAGUAGAUAUAAAUAUCGAUGAUCAGCCCGUAGCUCCUUCAAGACGAAAAAAGGACGACAGGCGCGAAGGAGGAGAGAAAAGCGAAGAGGGUCUUGAAGACGAGGCGCAGGACAUUUUAGAAAGAUUAAAAAAGUUAUGAGUGUUGCAAGAUGAGAGAAGGUCCUUCGCGGGACAGUAGGUCAUGUAUGGUCUUACUUAAAGUGGAAACAAAAACAGCAGCCCAAGCAGGAAUUUCUCUUAUUUGUUUGAGAGAGUUCACUGGGACUUAUACCACGGCGGUCUUGCAUGACUGUAUCAGUGUGUCUUUACUACUACUUUGGGUAAAAUGUGUUAUUGACGCUCAUCGAAGCGAUGGCGAAAAUUAAGAAACUUAUUAAUCAGUAAAGAUGAUAGGAAAUGUAAUGAAAAAUCUAUUUCGUGGAACACGGAUUGUUUUGAAUUCCAAACGGCUGACUGCAAAGUCCAUUAAAUCUAUAAUCUUGCAAUGAA